AAGUAUUUGUUUUAACAAUUCUUAUACACUGUAACUGUAAAGUAUAGACACCUAAAACAUAAUGGAUAAUAUAAAUGAGUUUUUAAGAUUUUUACCUAAUAUUUUAGUUUCUAUACGAAGCUACUUAGGCAAGACAGUAUUGUUAUUACAAUAAAUAAUCCUUUUUUUUCACGUCAUUAACCAGGACAUACAUAUCACUAAUUCAUAAAUCUUGAGCCAUUCAAAAAGUAAGACAACAUGUUUUCCAACCCAUUCCUUGAUAGUUUAGUCGUUUUUUGGUUACUCCAUUAUGGUUCCACUAUUUUUUUUAAAAAUUAGUUUUGAGCUAAAAACCACUAUCAAUGACUAGAAAAAGGGUUAAGUAAUUGAUAAUCUGCUUUUAUUUGUUUUAUUAAAAUAUGUAGUCUGCAACGUGCCUUUUAAAACUAACCCUGCACAACCGGACUUCAUUAUUUUGUACCCUACUACGUAAAAAAUAAUAUCUGGUAGUUUAUAAUAAAAAGAUUUAUUUUAUACAAUUUUAGUUAAAAACUAUUAAAUAUUAAAAAAUAUUAAAUCUGACAUACGAUUAUUAUUACCCUGUAUAAUAUCGUUUCAUACAAAACCGUCUUUCUUAUUAAGAAAAUGUCAGUGUAAAAUAUUUACCGUGUUGGAUUCGAUCACAUACCUUUAGUUGUUUUGUUAGUGUGUACACAGGUACCCCGAUUUCAUAAAAUUAAAAAUAUUUUCACUAAACUACAGAAAAACACAUAAGCUAUUCAAUAAGAAAGUUCAGUCUAAUGCGUUAAAACGUAUCCAAUGUUCUUCAGUUUAUAAGUUAUUAUUUUUCCAUCUUUUUCACAUACAUUACAACAUUAACGCAUUACAAGAAUAAUUAAAGUACUAGUGUCUUGAUUGUUCGUAAUGGCAGCAAGUCCGUGUCUUAUCAUUUUAACGGUCAAAUUGGUUAUCCAAUUGACGACUGUGACGUCAAGUCCAUUAACCGACAUGCUUGUACUUAGACCUAUCGACGACGAAAUAAGAAAUGCAGUAGACGAGUUGGACCUCCGUGACAAAACAAAGGAUGCGUUAUUGAAACAAUAUAUCAAUGUCGGAAAUUAUUCAAACGAUUUCAUUGAACUGCUGAACACUUACAACACGUUUAAGGACUCUCCCAUCAUCUUUACUGAAGAUGAAAAAAGAAUAUUGACUACCAGCAACACAGAAGAUUCACUAAACGAUAAAGUACUCGCUCAAUUGAAAUACUAUCGCAAGAUUCAAGAAAUUCAGUGCGCCGACUAUUUGGUUCUGCAGUACAUCUUAUAUGGUACUGAACCGAAUAUAAAAGAAAUUGCUAAGUAUGUAUACAAUAUGAUAGCGAUGGCUUACAAAGGUAAAGUCGUUGCGUUCAAAUGGCUUUGGGAAUUGUAUAUCAACCUUUUGUCACCGACCACGGACGACGGCAAACAACCAUUAAAUAUGAUGAUGCAAGAUUUUGAAAACUUUCAAAAACCUUUAGCCGAUUUGAUAGAAAUGUGUGCGGAACAUAAAUAUAUAACAGUCAUAUAUAAUGAUCAACAAAACCAUGAUCGUAGAAAAGGUAGGCCACAUUUGAAAAAUAAAUUUGUGGGAUAUUUAAAAUUAAACAUUAAAAAAUAUAGACACUAUGAACCGAUGUUGGAAGAAUCAAGUAGUAGGCCAAAUUUGAUCGUUAAUACUGAGCAAACUUGGAAAUUGAACUACGAAAAACAUGAACUCUUUAAAAAAAAUUCCCCUGCAUUGCCUCUCAGUUUCGAUCAUUUAUCCUUAAAAUGUGUAUGGGAGUAUACGCCGUUUUUGAUUAAACCAAUACCGAACGUAACUAUUGACUGGACUGCGAUAGAGAAGGCGUACGCAUUUGAUCGUCAAACGGUUCAAACGUGUGGUUUCACUAACUGGAAAAAGUAUCCGUUUGAAUAUAUUCGUUUUCAAAAAUCGUUUAGAGAUAUCAUAAUGAUAAAACUAUAUUGUUAUAUAUAUGUGCUUAUAUCUGGAUACGACCCGUCUGAUUAUAUAUUUUAUGGUUAUCUUAAGUCCCUGAUUAUGAAAGUGCUUAAGUUCAGUUACAUCGAAGACAAAACAUUAAACAAUGUCAUAACGUUGUUUGAUAAAUUCGGUAAAUUAGCUGAUUCUAAUAAAAAAGAGAUUAGAGUCAAAAUAAUUAACGAAGAGCAGGUUGAUGAAGUUUUGAAAAUAAUAACUGAUGAAGUAAAUAAGAUUUUGUCAAAUUUAAUUAUAGGGUAUACUAAUAAAACUAAAUUGGCCGACCUUUCAGACAUUGACACACCAUCAAGUUCUCAUUUUGAAGUCCUACUUAAAAGACAAUCUGAUGAUUCAAAAUAUUUUCUAAUGAAAAUUGAUACUCACCUAACAGAAUUUUAUCGACGGUUCGAAAGAGGUUUAGACGGAUUAACAUUGGAUGUUUUAUCGUUCUUUAUUGACGCAAGUAAAAAUACAUACCUUAGUGUAUUCCCUGAAAAUUGAUUCAAAUGCAUCUAAUACGAAUAUAAAAAAUAAUAGUUAUACAAACGAUUGUUACUAAUAUUAUAAUAAUUACUAUAAAAAAACCCGUUUGUCCUUUAUAUUA